AUGAGGUUCGCAAUCAUUGCCGCUGCUUUCUUUGCCUCGUUGGCGGUCGCCGUUCCAGCAUCGGAUGACGCUAAUGUUAACGCUCCUGACGUGAGCGAUAUGAUGGCCGGACCUGGUGGACCUGACCAUGGCCAUUACGAUGGGCAUGGCCAUGGAAAGGGAAAGGAUGACCAUGGACAUGGAUGUGGAAAGGAUGAUCAUGGACAUGGACAUGGACAUGGAAAGGAUGAUGGUCAUGGAUACGGAGGCGUAUACUGA